GGGCGCAGGCGCAGUCCGUGCGGGUCCUGCCGCGGGCGCCGGCGCAGGCGCAGGCGCAGGCGCGUUGACUGAGAGCGGCGGCGGCCAUGGACGACGAGGAGGAGACGUACCGGCUGUGGAAGAUCCGCAAGACCAUCAUGCAGCUGUGCCAUGACCGUGGCUACCUGGUGACCCAGGAUGAGCUGGACCAGACCCUGGAAGAGUUCAAGGCCCAGUUUGGGGACAAGCCGAGUGAGGGGCGGCCACGGCGCACAGACCUCACGGUGCUGGUGGCCCACAACGACGACCCCACUGACCAGAUGUUCGUGUUCUUCCCAGAGGAGCCUAAGGUGGGAAUCAAGACCAUCAAGGUGUACUGCCAGCGGAUGCAGGAGGAGAACAUCACGCGGGCCCUCAUCGUGGUGCAGCAGGGCAUGACCCCGUCCGCCAAGCAGUCUCUGGUGGACAUGGCCCCCAAGUACGUCCUGGAGCAGUUUCUGCAGCAGGAGCUGCUCAUCAACAUCACGGAGCACGAGCUGGUCCCAGAACACGUCGUCAUGACCAAAGAGGAGGUGACAGAGCUCCUGGCCCGGUAUAAACUCCGGGAGAACCAGCUGCCCAGGAUCCAGGCCGGAGACCCCGUGGCCCGCUACUUCGGGAUAAAGCGAGGGCAGGUGGUGAAGGUGAUCCGGCCCAGCGAGACUGCCGGCAGGUACAUCACCUACCGGCUGGUGCAGUAGUCGUCCCGCGAACCGGUGAGACGUGCCGUGUGGCCACGGGGCCUGCCUGUCCAGGAGUGAGUCCCAGCUUUCCUCUCCCCUUACCCCACCGUCGUCUCUGUCACCGCCCUGUCGGGGGCGCGUGGAGGCAGCCCCGCUUCCUGCCCGGCCGGGCUCGCCUCGCACAGCAGGCCUGACACGUGGUGGUCUGCCCGUCUCUCUCCCGCCCUGCGGCCUGGAGGCAGAUGGGGCUGUGCCCCCCACCCCCCGCCACGAGGAACCUCACCGCUGCUUCUCCAGACCCUGGGGUGACCCCGCCUGGGUGCUGAGCCCCACCCUGGACCCCGCAUGAGUGAGCCUCCAGAGGGGACAGGAUGCCACAGGGAGGCCUGCAGCAGCCAGUGACCUGUAGCCGUCCUGGCUCAAGUGUCCGGCCGGCCCCCAGCAGGGCGGCCCGGCCGUCUGUCCACGGGGCGGCAGGGGGGUCAGCUGCUCCGAUGCUGGGUGUUUGUACCAGUGAAAGUAUUGGAGUAAAUAAAUUGGCCAGUCUGGAGCAGCAA